AAUUUAAGUGUUGCUUAUAUUUUAUUGUGAAAAAACUCUAUGCGGAAAUUGUGGUUUUCUUCUGACAAGAAGAAAAUUACAGAACUCACGUCUUUUUGCUUUCGAAAUCGAGACUCAUCAGACCAGGCAACAUUUUUCCAGUCUUCAACUGUCCAAUUUUGGUCUCAACACAAAGAUGGCAUCAAGCAGCACCAGCAGCGAGGAGGAGCGGAGCCUCCAAGAGUGUGAGCAGUACGUCCAGAAACACAACAUCCAGCAACUGCUCAAGGAAUGCAUCAUCCAGCUGUGCACGGCCCGGCCCGACCGACCCAUGAACUUUCUCAGGGACCACUUUGAAAGACUGCAGAAGGAGGAGGCCCAGCAGAUCGCCGCGCAGCAGAGGUCUGGCUCGAGGUCAGACUCCCGGGAGGAAGAGGUUUCUCCUCCCAUGAACCCCGUGGUGAGGGGUCGCACCCGAAGAGGAGCCAUCAGUGCUGAGGUGUACACCGAGGAAGACGCUGCGUCCUAUGUCAGAAAGGUCAUCCCAAAAGACUACAAGACCAUGGCCGCCCUGGCCAAAGCCAUGGAGAAGAACGUGCUGUUUGCCCACCUGGACGACAACGAGAGGAGUGACAUUUUCGACGCAAUGUUUUCCGUCAACUACAUCGCCGGGGAAACGGUCAUCAAACAGGGUGAUGAGGGAGACAACUUCUACGUCAUUGACGUGGGAGAGAUGGAUGUGUACGUGAACAAUGAACUGGUGACCAGCAUUGGUGAGGGGGGAAGUUUUGGGGAGCUGGCUCUGAUCUAUGGGACCCCUCGAGCAGCUUCAGUCCGUGCCAAGUCCAAUGUCAAGCUGUGGGGCAUCGACAGAGACAGCUACAGGAGAAUACUGAUGGGAAGCACUUUGAGAAAGCGGAAGAUGUAUGAGGAGUUCCUCAGCAAGGUGUCCAUCUUAGAGUCUCUGGAUAAGUGGGAGCGUCUGACGGUGGCGGACGCCUUGGAGAUCGUCCCGUUUGUCGACCGCCAGAAAAUUGUGGUGCAGGGAGAGCCUGGAGAUGAGUUCUUCAUCAUCCUGGAGGGGACGGCAGCGGUGCUCCAGAGGCGCUCAGAGGACGAGGAGUUUGUGGAGGUGGGCCGACUCGGACCCUCGGAUUACUUUGGUGAGAUUGCCCUGCUGAUGAACCGGCCCCGGGCUGCCACCGUGGUGGCAUGCGGCCCCCUCAAGUGUGUCAAGCUGGACCGGCCCCGGUUUGAGCGGGUCCUGGGUCCCUGCUCGGACAUCCUGAAGAGAAACAUUGAGCAGUACAACAGCUUUGUCUCCCUCUCAGUCUGAGCGUCCACCCCGCACAUCGGCUUCAAUCUCCUCCUGCUGUUACCACACGACGCCUGCUACGCCUCCUACUGGUUUUAUUGUCUCUGCAGGUCCUCAGGAGACGUCAUGUGCUUUCUGUGAAGGGAGGAGCUGAAGCAAAAACCAAAUAGAUACACUUUGAAAGUCUGGCUAAGAUUAGCUAAUGAGGGAUGCAUACAUUAUUAAAAAGGAAGUAUUCAUACAAAUUGCAGUCUAGAUCCGAUCUGCAUAGUCCCACAGUCAGGUGCCAGGUCUGAAGGUGAGCAGUGUGUGUAACUUGGUCCGUUGAUGAUGUGAUGCACAGCUGGUACCUCAGUUUGCUCUCCACGUCUCCCUCACAGUGAAUUGUCACAACCGUCACGUCAAAUUUAAAAUGUGCUCAGUGCGUUGCUCUAUGACGUGCUGCUGAUUAGCACUGUUAGCAUACUGAAAUGCUAAAUACACCUGCUGGACCUCGGCAUGUUACCAUGGUUACGUCCUCUUGUCCCUGUUUCUUGCUAUCGAUGCCAGUUGUACUUCUACCGUGUGGCGGCUGUUCAAACGGAGGAAGAUUCUUUUUAAAAGCCCAAUUCAUUCCAGUCUCCUCCACUGCUUAUUUUAAACAGCACUUCCAUCAUCUUCAUUUCAUCUCUUCUUGCAUCUAAUUUCCGCUUUGCCAUCAUUUCAUUUUUUGUAUGUUUUUUACAUUGAAUCAGUAAUCAACAUUCUCUUUGUUUACCUUUUGCUUUUUAACUGUUGCUAUAUUUCAUUGUGAAGUUGCACACUUCCCAAUGUCGAGGUACACCUCUGCUACAAAUCUACGUAUUUUGAGUAAAUCACUAUAUAUUUUUGCAGAUUUUGUGAUGUACAAAACUUUAAUCGCAGAAGUGAGUGUAUGCUUUAAGGCUCGCUGAUCCCAACAAGGUUCCUCUCGGGAGGUCUGACUUUCUGACCCACGGCAUCACAAAGUCCGUUAUUCUUUACUGGUUGUGUUAUAAUUCCACUGCUUAUAUCAGUGUUGUGUUGAGGAUGUACUAUUGAACUAAAUGAACCUAUAAUAAUAUAACUGCCCGUAUUUUAAAGUGAUUUCCUGAACUCCACGUAUUGGAGACGUGUUUGUGUUUGGAGCACACUCCGUGCAGAUGGUCAUUGGUCAGAUGGAAGCGGAACGUCUACACUUCAAUGUUGUCUGUCACAAAUGAGCGAGUCAAGCUUCCGUAAUGCUGCAUCGCACGUUUCCCAUGAUGCAACGCUGUGUGCCUGGUAAACAAUCCGCUCAAUAUGAAAGCGUGGUUUUCCAAGAAGACAGAAGCUUUCCUUCAGGCCGAUGCUGCUGCUUGGUGGACGUGUCAACUACGACACUUUGAUACCUAAAGUAUGCAUGUUAAUUAACCCAACCAAUGAGUCAGCAUCCCGAUGUGCAGCUUGUCCAGCAUCGCUUGGUCCAGCCUGUAGGAACCUCGUUGUCUACACGCAGUGUUGGAUGUCCACUGUUUAUCAGCAGGGCGGCACCUGUUUGGACCCGGUUCUGUCUUUAGUUUAACCGGCCUUACGACUACAGUAUGACUGAAACGCUUCAAUGCAGCCGUGUUUGGGUUAUUAACUAAAAAAGAGGGCCGUGUUUCCAGAGGGUCUGAAUCAUUUGACUCAUGUUUAAACGGCCUUAUGUUUGAUCAAACCAGUGGGGGAAACAUACGUACCAGUCCUUUUUCUGCUCCGUGGGGGGAGGGGGGGGGGGGGGGGAUAUUGCCAUUGAGUAAAGGCUUACAUGUACAUUUUUGCCAUGAUGAUAAAAUGUGAACUAUUUUUCUCAGCCACUUCUUGUAAACGUCUGUGCUCGCUGAGCAGACUAGUUAUAUCUCAAAUAUAAAUAAAUUCUAAUCCUGUUCUGAUUUCA